AAUUAAACUUUCUGUACAGUUUGUUCAAAUUUCAAAUUAAAUGACCAAAAAAGUGAUCAUUUGUUUGAAAAGCCGAGUCAUGAUGAAACUAAAUCCUUGGCUCAGUUGUAAGAAUUCAAAACAGCUUAUGCUUAUAGCUUUUUAAUUAUUCCAGUGCUUUAAUUAAAUCUCUGUCCAAGUCUUCCUUAAUCCACUUAUCUUCACAAAACUGGCAACUCUCACCAAUAUUCCUCUCUAAAUAUCCGCUUUCAGUCCCUAAUUGCACUCCAAACUUGUCUUAAUUACCUUCGACAAGUCAUAAUCCGACUAUUGACACCCAAUUUACACCUCCAGUUACCCCCAGUUGAAAAAUCACUCAAAACGCAACCAGUUAUUAGUAUUCAACCCGCGUGAUAAUUUCUAAUCUAGUUCGGGUUUUCCAUUGUAUUCCUUAUGGAAUCGAGCGGUGAAAGUGAGAGCGAUCGGCCCCUCUAUAGGACACCUGCCCGAUUCAAGGGGAGCAAUCUGGUCAAUAAUCAGUGUGGUGCAGGAGUUGCAGUGGUUUGAACGUAAUGGUGGUUGAAUUUAGCUCCGCGUGUCAGUCGCGUCGAGAAUGUGGGGCCGAGCGCAGCUGCUCGUGCUGCUGACCGCGCUCUCGGCCUACGGAGACGACGUCCAUCCGGAGGACAGCCAGCUGCGGGUCGGCCGCUCCGUGGACAUCUUCACCCGCUACGGCUACCUCAGUCUGAGCAUGAAAGUGGUGCCGCGGAACGACUCCGACUUCCUCUUCAGAGAGCCCACCAUCGACGUCUUCGACGACCUGGACCGGUACGUGGUGCACCCGGUCAAGGUGCCGAAGAAGCAGCGAAGGGUCUUCGUCGGCGACUUCCAUAUGGAGUUCUGCGAUAACGUGAAACAGCUAGUGCAGGCCUAUUUCAGGGAUUUCAGCUUCGAGAGGCUGGAGAAUACGUGGAGGGCGUUCACGGCGAGCUGGUCGCCGGACACGCUGGCCAAGAAUUUAGGGAUUAAUUCGUCGUUUGUUCACAAGGAACAUUGUUAUGUGCUAGUGAGGUUGGCGAGGUUUAGGGAUAGUGUCAAGCUGAGCAAAAUACCGAAUAAUGUUAAUUUGAUGGACGUGGUGGCGAGGGAGAUUGAUAAAAUACAAGUUGGUGAUGUGAGCAGUGUGCUGAAGUUUAUACGAAAGUACGGCUCGCAUUUUAUCGAGUCGUACGUUACUGGAAACGCACUUUACCAGGUGUUCGUCUUCCGGCGCUCCAUCUACUUACAAAUCAAAGAGCGGCUCAAAACGCAGGGCAUCUCCCACUUGGACAAGCUGGAGCUUGGCCAGUACUUCAGCCCCUGGUUUGCCGAACACAUGGGGCAGAUAAAGGUGGCCAGCGGCAACCACACCGUGGAGGAAUGGGCCGCUGCCAAGCUGCGCGUCCAUUACUACAUUUUCACAUAUCCAACCCUUCUGAAGAUCCACGGCGACACCCAACUGCUCACCGUCCUCAACGACCUCCUCCAGAACGAGGCCAUCCUCCAAAUGGGCAUGAAAACCCUAGCGCCGGCGUUCAAGGACCCGGCCAAACGCACGUUCUUCAUCGAAGUGUUGGACAAUUUUUUGAAAUUGUGGGAGAGCAAUUUGUAGUGCAUCCUGUUUUUUGUGAUAAUACGUUGUGAUAAGGACGCCCGCGGAGAGGAAGGACUUUUGCAUUGAUUAGUUUAUUGCGGAUUCGAGAGUGAUACAAAAAUGGGCUGUUUGCGUUCGGAAUGAGGCGAUUUACACAACAUUAUCGAUAACGAGCAAUAUUUAUUUUUAUACUCUAAAGUAUAUUUUAAUACUCUAAACCAAAUAUGUAAAGUUUUGUAAAAACUAUAAAUAUAUAAGACAACGAAAUGAUCAAAAAUCUUUUAUUUACAAUUAAUUUCUGGCUGAAAAAUACAGGUUCCAGUAUUGGCUGCACCACUCUCAUUCUGAAUUACAAACGCGUGUGAAUUACAAUCAAUCAUAUUUGUUAAAAAUUGACAUCUGGACACCGGCUUGAAGAUCCCGAUUCACUUUUUUGCCAUUCACAACCAUCACAAGCGGUGUCUCUACUCGGAUUAAACGAAACUUGUAUUCCUACAAAUAAAAAUUCCUAAAGUUGUCCAUGACUCAAAAACCGUACAGACAUUAUCUUUAUACGUAAAAUCCACAUCAGUCACGUAGGGUUCGGGAAUUGCCACUGAAUUACCGAUAAUCACACCUUUACCGUCGGCCAAAUUAAAAACUGUUACUACGACGCAAGUUCCUAAUUUAUCCACCAAACAGAAUGUACUAGAAUAAAUUAUUUUAUAAUGUAAUUUAUACGAAAAAUAAAUUUAUUACAAAGGAA